AUGGGAAGAGACACAUACCUCAAAAAGGUUCUUGGCGAAGACCGGUACCAAAAAGUCCAAGGCUCUACAGUUUUGAUGGUUGGAGCUGGGGGUAUUGGUUGUGAGCUUUUGAAGAAUCUCAUGCUCUCUGGAUAUGGGACUAUUCACAUAGUUGACCUUGAUACUAUAACACUCUCAAAUUUAAAUAGACAGUUUUUGUUUCGUAAGGGUGAUAUUGAUCAAUCUAAAUCGAUCACCAUUAAAAAGGCAGUAGAAUCCUUUAAUUUUCAUGGAACUAAAUUGAUUUCUCAUCAUGGAAAUAUUAUGGAUACCGACCAAUUUCCGAUAGACUGGUGGGAUCAAUUUAGUUAUAUUUUCAAUGCCUUGGAUAACUUAGAGGCGAGAAGAUACGUAAACAAAAUGGCUUUAUUCUUGAAAAAACCGGUUAUGGAAAGUGGGACUACUGGGUUCGACGGGUAUGUACAACCAAUCUUUCCAUACAAAACUGAAUGUUUUGAUUGUCAACCUAAAGCCACACCACAAACAUUUCCCGUAUGUACCAUUAGAUCCACCCCGAGCAAGCCAAUUCAUUGCAUCACAUGGGCCAAGGAAUUUUUGUUCCAACAGUUGUUUGACGAGCUGGUCGAAGGUGACGCUGAAGAUUUGUCCAAUGCUACAGAUAACGAUAAAGAGUUGGAAAAUUUACUAAAGGAACUGAAUGAGUUGGUUGAAUUGAGAAAAUUGGUGGUAGCAACUGGUGAAGUGAUUUCACAGAACACAUUCUUCUCGGAAAUGGUAAGAAAGAUAUUCCAAAUAGACAUCGAGAGGUUACUAUUGAUAGACACUUUAUGGACAAAUAGACUCAAACCAAUACCAAUUUCAGAUGCACAAAUUGAAGAAGUGGCGGACCUUAUAAGAUCCGGGGGUAUAGAGCAGAGAUUGGAAUCCUUAAUAGAUACUCAAGUCUGGUCUCCUUUAGAAAAUUUACUAGUAUUAUACAAAUCUGCUACUAAUCUUCAAACACGAAUGAAGAACAAUAAGUUCAUCGCAUUUGACAAAGAUGACGAAGAUACUCUCGAUUUUGUCGUUACUGCUGCCAACCUAAGAUCGCUUAUAUUCCAAAUUGAUACAUUAUCGAAGUUUGACGUCAAACAGAUUGCUGGGAACAUUAUUCCUGCCAUUGCAACUACCAACGCCAUAAUAUCAGGAUUUUCUAAUUUGGAAUCACUAAACUUUCUUGCUCAGAAUUCCAGGACUGACUCAUCUAUGGUUUUUAUAAGUAUAAGGCCAAACAAAUACGUCACUUCAGCCACAUUGGAAGCCCCUAGAAAGCAAUGUGCAAGCUGCUCUGUUGCGAGAGGAAUAUUAAAAUCCGAGGAAGGCACUUUAGACCAAGUUACCUUAGAGCAGUUCAUCGAUAAAGUCAAAUCCAAAUAUUCAUAUUCAAGUGAUAUCUCGAUAAUACUAGGGAAAUCCAAGCUAAUUUACGAUUUUGAUUUCGAUGACAAUUUACUGAAAAGCUUAAGCGAAAUCGGAUUUAAAACUGGGGAAUUGGUUUUAAUUCAAGAUGAAGAUGAUGAGGUGGAGAACUUAGAGUUGUAUAUUGAAGUCGGCCUCAAACUGAAUGACAUUGAGUUGCCUGAGUUGGAAUUAAGACAAAAAAUUUUGAUAGAGAAGGAGAAUGGACAUGAAAAUGGAGUUGGAAAGGAUGCGGAAGAAGAAUCGGGAGAUGUCAUUGAAUCUGAUAUGGCCUUUGAAACAAUAGUCAUAGAAGAUGAAGUAGAGGAGGAGGUUCCAGCGCCAAAAAAGAGAAGAAUAAAUUAA